AUCUCACACCAUACCUCACCUAAGAAAGUUCCAAUCAAGCAACCAAUCACUUUAAUGCCCUGCUUAGUUAUAAGCCCACGCUAUUAGGCUCGGCAAUAUAAAAUGCUAUGCAAGUCAUUAUAAAACUUUGUAUGAUGACAUACUUUCCCGAUGUGGGACUUUGGCAAUUAUCCUUAUUUUAUGAUACCAUCUCGCGCGGCUGACAACUUCCUCCAAGCAAGCAGGCGAUUCGGUCAAUCUAGUGCCUCGGAUGAAACGUGCUCUACGUCGCUCACUCCAUUUCGUAGAGAUGUUUUCGAUCAUGGUGCUGGCCACUCGGUUUUGCUGGAUUCGGUUAUUGGUCGCGGUGAUGAUUUUCAACGACGGCGAGAUACUUCCCUUCAAUCUCGUCAUCCUCAUGUAAAAAUGGAGUUUCCUUGCUUUGUUGAUGGUGCUCCGUGGGGAUGGGUUUACACAGUGGAGUGCCCCUUUGCCUAUUUUGUCAUUACUGAUGCGAAGAAGGGUUCUUGAAAAAUGCUUUGAUUGACAAGUAUGGAAAGUGUGGAAGCAUUGAGGAAGCCUGUGAAAUAUUCUCAGAGAUGACUGGAAAAAAUGUGUUUGCUGCUAUGACAGCUGCACAUGCCAUGGAAGGGCAAGUCCGGAAAGCUGUUGAUCUCUACUCAGAAAUGGAAGCUCUAGUAAUAAAGUCAGAUCAUGUCACUUUCGUAGCUCUUCCAUCUGCUUGUAGCCAUGGAGGCUUAGUCAAUGAAGGGUACGCAUACUUCAACAAGAUGCGUAGUGUCUACAAUAUUGUUCCUAAGAUCCAGCAAGCACUAUGGCUUAGUCAAUGAUGCUGCUUAUGCUCUUCUUUCAAAUAUACAUGCCAAAGCUGGUAUGUGGGAUGAUGUGAACUGGGCAAGAAAUAAGUUGCAUUAACUAGGAGUGAGGAAGCAAUCAGGAUGUAGUCUAAUAAAAAAAAAAAGGAGCUGUGCAUGAAUUUACAGCUUGGGAUUUCUCAAACCCUCAAUUUGCUGAAAUUUAUGCUAUGUUGGAUGAGAUGGCAACAGGGGGAAAUGGUAUUGAGCCAGAGCUUGAGCACUAUGGGUGUGUUGUUGAUCUUCUUGGGCAUGCUGGUCGAGUUGAAGUGGCAUUUGCGUUUAGCACCAACUGCCGCUAUAUGGGGUUCAAUUUUAGGGAGAUGGGAGGAUAUAAGAAUUGUAAGGGAAUUGAUGACAGAGAAGGCCGUGAUAAAGGAGCCAGGAAGAAGUUGGAUUGAGCUUGACCAAAUCCUUCAUACUUUCCAUGCAAGUGAUCGUUCUCAUCCCAGAAGGGAAGAGGUGCCUGCAAAGGUGAAGAAUUGUCCGUCAAAUUGAAGGAAGCAGCUAUGAUAUCCAUGGGAACUGAAGCUAGCGUGUUUGAUUUGGUUAACAUCAAAGAAAUCUGUGACCAAGUUCUCUUCCUCUCUGAGUACAGAGCUCAGUUAUAUGAUUCUUUAAAAAACAGGAUGAACACCAUUGCACCAAAUUUCACUGCUCUUGUUGGGGAGCUUGUUGGUGCUCACCUCAUCGCCCAUGGUGGUAGCUUGUUGAACCUUGCAAAGCAGCCUGGGAGCACAGUCCGAUUCUUGGAGCUAAAAAGGCCAUCUUCAGAGAACUAAAGACUAAGCAUGCAACACCACAAUAUGGGCUUAUCUACCAUGCAUCCUUGAUUGGUCAAGCAGUACCAAAGCUCAAGGGUAAAAUAUCCCAAUCAUUUGCAGCAAAAACUGCAUUGGCAAUUCGAUAUGAUGCUCUUGGAGAUGACCAAGAUAACAUAACGGGACUGGAAAAUCGAGCCAAGGUUGAAGCAUGGUUUGCUGGAUCAGGUAAAGGCAAACCAAAGAUUGACAUCUAUGACAAGAAUCGCAAGAAGGGAGCUGGAGGAUUGAUAACUGCAGAUUCUCUUGAACAACUCAGUUUACUUCGGAUUAUGGUGGUGAUUGUGUUUUUGUUACUGAACAAAGCCAUUCUCUUUUGGGAGCAGAUGGCUCAUUGUUCAAGUAAAAAGGUUCUUUCUUCCCAACAUGUGCAAGCUUGUGUAUCCAGUAAGUUGGUAUUGGUUUCCGCUAAUUGGUGUUGAGAGGCCUGAGGACAUGCAUUAUUUUAAGGGGGGUGGAAUGUUAGUAUCCUUCACUAGUGGGCCUAUUGUUAGCAGCCCAUAGACAGACACGUGUAAUGUUCUCUAGGCAAUACUAUUGGUGAGCUCACACGGUACUUAGUUUGAGGCCCUUGGCCAUUUUGGGAUCUGAAUGAAGAAUUGUUAUUUUAGUUUCCCUCUUUCCCCUUUAUUUUCCUUUCUUCUCCUUGGUACCUAUCAAUGUGUUUAUCUGUUGAGGCAGCAUGUCUAUUUUUUUUUGCCUUCUAAUAAUUUUUCCAAUUGGAUUUCCUGAGGCUCUGAUUUAGGUUUAGUUCCAAAGGAAGUAGAGUAGAGUGUUGCAAAAGCACAAAGCAAGUAUUAUAGAAUAGAGUAGAGUGUUGCAAAAGCACAAAGCAAGUAUUAUAGAAUAAAGUAGAGUGUUGCAAUUCCCACAAACGAAAUCAAGAAGGUGUAUGC